AUGGCCUUGUUCACGCCUAUUAACCAAAAAAGGUUAACAAAUGUCUCUGUUGUACGCCUAAAAAGGAAUGGCAAUAGGUAUGAAUUGGCUUGUUAUCCAAAUAAGGUAAAGGCGUGGCGCGAAAAACUUGAGCGAAAUAUUGAUGAAGUAUUACAAGCUCAUGAGAUUUUUUCCAACGUGUCCAAGGGGCAGUUGGCCACAAAGUCAGAUCUUUUUCGUGAUUUUGACACAGAAGAUGUUGAUACUAUCAUACGUCAAAUUCUGAAUGACGGUGAAAUGCAAGUUACUGUAAAGGAGCGAAAGGUUGAAAAUGAAAAUCUGUUUCGGGAUGUUGCUAAAAUUGUUUCUGAAAGGUGUUUUAAUCCCGAAAAUUCUCGAGCUUAUACGGUUACAAUGAUUGAGAAAAUGAUGAAAGAUUGUCAUGUGAAUCUUCAGCCGAAAAAGAGUGCUAAGCAGCAGGCCCUCGAAGUUAUACGACAGCUCAGAGCCUCGGGAAAUUUUAAGAUUGCUCCUGCCAUGAUGGAAAUUCUGAUAUCCCUUGAUCCGAAGCUGGCAGAUAACGUUUCUCCACGUAUCCUCAAACUUGUUCAUCACAUUAUACGUCAAGAGCGCAAUCCGGAAGGAAUAUUUGAGUUGUCAGCAGUUAUUGAGCCGGAGAACUACCACAGCCUAACAGUAGUUCUGGACGAGCACGCAAAGGACAGAUAUUGUAUUGAGAUCAUUGGCGUGGCAAGGCCGGUUUCUGGCGUAAAAAAGCCACCGCUGCCGUCUCCGUUGUCUUCAGCGGUCGUCAGCACUGCGCCGAUCCUCGAGACUAGCCCGAUCUCCGAGGAACCCUCUGAUGGUUCGCCUACUCCUGCUCCGGACGGCGCCUCUCAACGCUGCACUGCCGAUACUGCGACCCCCGUGGGUGGUGGAGACGACAAUGAUCGCUGUGGAACAGUCUCCAGAGGAAACAAUCAAACCAAGAAAAGAAGGCGACGUAGAAAUCGGAAAGUCUAUGAUGACGAUGAUGUUGAAGAUGACAGCAUUGACGGGUCAUCUGAUAUUGAGUUCGAUAGCGGCGGUGUGGGUACAUUAUGGGUUUGGGGGCCGGGAAUUUGUAUCUUUGCUGCAUCCGGGCCCUCACUGAAUAUGUCGCAAGAUCUAUGA